AUGGAAUUGGUGACCUUUAACUAUAUUCUGGAAAAAAUUAACAUUCAGCUAAUAAAAAACUGGCCAAAUUUUGUGAAACAGCCUAUUACACCUCGCGAAAAGCUAAUCAUCACACUGAGAUAUCUUGCAACGGGAUCAUCAUACCAAACAUUGUCCUAUACGUUUCGUGUUGGAAGGUCAACCGUCGCUGAAAUUGUAAAAGAGACUUGCCAUGCACUAUGGGACGUUUUUCAACCCAUUCACAUGCCACAACCAUCUAAAAAAAUGUUCGAGCAAAUUGCGAAAGAUUACUGGGAUAUGUGGAACUUUCCUAACUGUAUAGGCAGCAUCGAUGGAAAGCACAUUCGUAUUCAGUGCCCUCCUGACUCAGGCACCAUGUAUUAUAACUAUAAAAAAAUUUUUUCUUUGGUGCUACAGGGGGUGGCUGACGCCAAGUGUAAAUUUAUUUGUGUUGAAGUCGGCGGGUACGGAAAACAGAGCGAUGGAGGUACUUUCAAUGCAUCUGCAUUGUAUCAGCUAAUAAAAACAGGGAAUUUGGAUAUUCCUCCAGAUUCAAACCUGCCUGGGUCUGAUAUUUUCGUGCCACAUGUUUUUCUAGCUGAUGAAGCAUACCCUUUAUUGCAAAAUAUUUUACGACCUUAUGCUCGAAGAAUUUGCGGUAAAAAUGAGGAAUAUUUCAAUUCCAGAUUAUCUAGAGCUAGAAAAUCUAUUGAGUGUGCAUUUGGUGCAAUCAGUUCUAAAUGGCGUUUGCUUCGGAAACCAAUAGAAACUGAUGUAAAGUCAGCAGAAAUAAUUACGAAAGCUAUAUGUAUUUUGAAUAAUAUAAUUAUUGAUAUGGAAGGGUUUGAAACCGCUAUGAAAGAAGGAGAAGACUUCUGCGAAAACAAUGAACCGUUAGCAAUACACCCUACUAACCAUGUGUACCAAAAGAUAGGAAAAAACAUUAGAGACAAGUUUCGUGAUUUUAUAUGUAGAACACAAACAGAACAGUUCCAAGAGGAUAAACUUUAA